AUGCGGAGAAAAAGAGAACACGAAGAGUUCCGGAGAACAGAAGCCGCGAAAAAUGCAGUUGCGCAAAAAUUACAAAGGAUGGAUGAAAACCUAAGACAGCAAGAGCAACAAAGAGAUGCAGCGGGACGAGCCGAGCGCAGAAAGGAUUCCAUCUACCGUGAAGCGGAAAAAGAGCGGGACAGGAUUGACCACUCUACCCGUCGAGCGGACGAGGCUUAUCGCGAUGCGCAAAAUGAGCGGAAUAGGAUGGAACAUGCUACCCGCCGAGGAAACGAGGAUUAUCGCGACGCGGAAAAUGAGCGGAAUCGGAUGGAACAUGCUACCCGCCGAGAAGACGAAACUUUCAAACAGGCCGAACAGCAGCAAAACACAAUUAAAAAAGCAAUUUCACGUCAUAAGGCUCAGACCAAUUUUGAUAUUUUGUGUAAAUCUUUCCAUUGUGAGAUACUUGAUCAACCUAAAUGGAUAUGUGGUUCGUGUGGAGGUCUUUGGUAUCGAUCAUCUAUGCAUCCGACAACAAUGGAAGUCGUGAGGAAACUUCAUCCCAAGAAACCUUUCGCCCAUCUAAAAGUGGAUGGCAAGUACUUCUUAUGUGGCACAUGUCACGAUUCGCUGAAGAGUGGUGACGUGCCCAGGUUGUGUAUGUCAAACGGACUGUAUUUUCCACAUCAAUUACAGAGCAUGACUAGCUUAGAGGAACGUUUGGUUGCAUUGAGGCUACCGUUUGCUCAGAUUAGAUCGUUAGGGAGCGACCGUCAGUACGGAAUCCGAGGGGGAGUAGUAAACGUUCCAAACGACAUGGACAUAGUCGCCAAAGUUAUUCCCCGCCGAUUUGAUGAGACGAGUACAGUACAGGUUCAAUUGAAGCGCCGCAUGACUUAUAAACAUCCAUACAUGUUCCAAACAAUUCGACCAUACAAAGUUUUCCAUGCAGCAAAUUAUUUAGUACGUACCGAAUUGUAUAAAAAGGAAAAGGUAUUUCUAUCCUCAGACUGGGCUAAUAGUGUUUCAACAGACACAGUAGAAUAUAUAGUAAACCCAAGCGAUGCUACUCAAAGUUAUACAGACAUAGAAAAUAUUAAAGACUUAUCUAUCAGUGACACAGCCGAAACUGAAGACAAUGAUCCACCGUUAAUGGAAAUUCUAAUGCAAGAAGAUCAACUAAUCAUGGCAGUGGCACCUGGGGAAGGAAUGCGCCCGUUGUCUUUACUUAUGGAUCUCGACGCCGAAGAGUUAUCUUUUCCAUCCAUUUACUGCGGCAUCAAACGAAAACUGAAUCCAGAAGCUAACUUGUCAUAUAGUGAUAUUGCAAAGUCCGAACUACGCAGAUUUGAUCCACGCUGCAGACGAGCAGACAAGAUCUUAUAUAGCUACCGUCUCGUUCAAACUCAUAGGAUCGCUAGUAACAUAAACAUAUGUCUUCGAAAAAAGAAAAAGCGUGGGAUCGUGACUGUUGGAAACCUACUUAACAAGCAAUGUGUCCAGAGCUUAAUUCAACACGAUGACGGGUAUCGGCUUUUGUCAAACAUUGUCAACUCACCGUCAUAUUUGGAAGAGAAGAAGAAGGACGUAAUGGCCAUGAUUCGUCAACUUGGACUCCCAACAUUUUUCAUUACAACAUCAGCUGCAGAGACGAAAUGGCCCGAGUUGAUCUCCAUGCUCCAUAAUAGGAAGUAUGGGACCGUGUUAACUAAUGAAGAAGUUUCUAAUAUGAAGUUCGAUGCUAAAGCGGAUCUCAUAAGACAUGACCCGAUAGGAUGUGUAAUGGCUUACGACAGACGGGAGAAGGCAAUGGACAGAUUUUUGAUCAAGCCAGUGGGUGGAAUCUUUCAUCCUUAUGUACACCAGGACUUCUUUAAAAGGAAAGAAGUUCAACAACGCGGGUCAAUUCAGACACAUAGAAUGGAUUGGAUUAAGGAUGCUCCGACGUUUGACAAAGAAAAUUCGCUAACUCACCAAGCUUGUUGUGAAUUCAUAGAUGAAUUCAUAACCUGCAAGAAAGAUGAAUCCGAUGACAUGAAGGAAGUCCUGGCAUACCAAAUCCACAACCAUUCACAUACUUGCGAAGACAAACGACGAGGAUGUAGGUUCGGUUUUCCAAUUGCACCUAUGAGGACGACAAGAAUACUACUUCCGUUACCUGCGAACCAAGUGAAGCAAUAUAAAGAACAAUUUGCCAAGAUUAAAGAAAAGCUUGCCACAUUUGGGCGACAUGAAGAAGAAAUUAACUUUGAUAGGUUUCUUGAAGAUCUGGAUCUUACUGAAGAAAAUUAUAUUUUCUCAAUUCGUUCCAACCUCAAAAUUCCCAAAGUUUUUCUUCGACGUGGAACCCAUGAAAUUUACAUAAAUGCAUAUAAUAAGAAGCUUCUUUUAUGCUGGCGAGCAAGCAUUGACAUUCAAUUUGUUUUGGAUCCCUAUUCUUGUGCCAGUUAUGUUGUGAAUUACAUAAGCAAGUCAGAUCGAGGCGUAUCGAAACUUUUACGACAGGUUAGCAAGGAAAUUAGGGACGAGGUAUCAGCUCAAGAGGCCGCUUGCUGUUUAUUAAAAAUUCCUAUGACACAAAGUUCGCGUGACGUAACAUUUAUCAAUACGAAUAGACCUGACGACAGGGUAAUUUUCGUUAAGCCUGCCGACGAACUUGAGAAAAUGGAUCCAGAUUCAUGCGACAUAGCUCUCAAAGGAAUUUUAGAACGUUGUGUAGUGAGGCCAAGGGCAUUGGAUAAUCUUUGUUUAGCUGAUUACGUUGCAAACUAUAACUUUACCAAAGUAUCCUCUUCUCUGCGGAAGCAAAUUAAUCAACCGAUCACCUCAUUAAGUCUGACUGACAAUAGUGGGUACAUAACUGAGAGAACAACUUCUCGAAUUAUCCGAUAUCGCAGAUUCGGUCUCCAUCAAGAUCCUGAGAAUUUUUAUAGAGAACAAAUUAUGCUGUAUGUACCAUGGCGGGAUGAAAACACAGAUCUUCUUGAUAUUGAUCAUGUUUCAGUUUAUCAAAACUUCUUAGAUCAAAUUACACAAAAACGACAAUUAUAUGAUCCAUGUUUUCUUGAAACUGAGCUAGAGGUAGGACUCAGUAUGGCACAGGGAGAUGAGGAAACUUUUGACAAUGCUUUGGUCGACCAUACUCCAAUCGAGUUCAUUGCCGAAGACCAAGAUUUUGCUGUUGAGUUAGGGGACUCAACUUCAAAGUUUAUGUCUAUUCGACCUCCUAAGUUGAUACCAACAGACGAUUACCUCAAGUUAAUGAAGACUUUGAACGAAUCUCAAAGAAGAUAUUUAUUGAACCUUUUGCAUAAUUUGAAAGCAAGAUCGGGACAAAAUUUCCACGUAAUUCAUGGGCAGGCCGGUGUAGGAAAGAGUAGAUUAAUUACUGCAAUAGUUCAGUUGAAGCAAUUCCUGUGCUAG